AUCUUAUCUCUGUCGACUGUGGUGUUGUGAUGUUUCUCUAUCUUUCAUCUUUUUUGCACUUCAAAGUGGUGAGAGACGUCCAGGUUGAGAAGAAAAAUGGCGGCUUGUUCUUCUUCUUUCACUUUCUGUAGUCACACCACAAUUCACUCUCUCGCUCAGAGAAAGACCCUUGUCACCAAAACCCAAUUUUCAGUUCCCACCAAAUCAUCAGAAUCUAACUUCUUUGGCUCCAGACUCUCUCACUCCUCCUAUAUCUCUCCACUCUCGUCAUCUUCUCUCAAAGGCGGAAUCUUUGCCAAGGUUAACAAGGGACAGGCUGCACCAGACUUCACAUUAAAGGAUCAGAAUGGAAAGCCUGUGAGCCUCAAAAAGUAUAAAGGGAAGCCUGUUGUUCUCUACUUCUACCCUGCAGAUGAAACCCCUGGCUGCACCAAACAGGCUUGUGCUUUCAGAGAUUCUUACGAGAAAUUCAAGAAGGCCGGCGCAGAAGUCAUUGGCAUUAGUGGUGAUGACUCUGCUUCUCACAAGGCAUUUGCGAGCAAAUACAAACUACCUUACACAUUGCUAAGCGAUGAAGGAAAUAAGGUGAGGAAAGAUUGGGGUGUGCCUGGAGACCUGUUUGGAGCAUUGCCAGGGAGACAGACUUACGUUCUUGACAAAAACGGUGUUGUUCAGCUCAUCUACAACAACCAAUUCCAGCCUGAGAAACACAUUGACGAGACCUUGAAGUUCCUCAAAGCUGCUUGAUCGUUCUCUCUUUCUCUUCUUUUUCUUGUCUCUUCUUCCAUGCAUGUCUCAUGUCUGGCUCCCUGACCUUCCUAUAUUAUUUCUGUUAAUUAUGGAUUUUCAAUAAUACAAAGUUAAACAAAGAUCACAACCGGAGAAGGAUUUAUUCAAGAGUAGUUAAAGUGAUGCUAGGAGUUUGUUGGUUCUGUUGAAACAGAGUUGGUUAUUGUUUGUUGAGUUCUGCCUUGUGGCCCUGUGUGUAUACUUAAGUCUCUCGUUUCCAUUGUGUACGCAUCACUCUCUUUCUCCUGCAUCCUACACUCUGCAGUAGUGAAUCUUUUGUAACUCCUUGUGGAAACUUAGAAUC